GAGAGAGAGAGAGAGAGAGAGAGGACAGUGCAUGUCGUUCGUGUAAAGCAGAGUGUGCACUCACUCCAGAGAUUGCUUUGCUGCUUUCCUUGAGUACUACAGCCUGGACCCUCUUGCCUUGCCUUGCCUGCCUUGCCUGCCUUGCCUGGGUGAAUGGAGUGCAGAGCCUCAGGGAAAAGGAGAAGAACAAAGGGAACAGAAUAAAGAACCACUGGGACAGACACAAGUGUGGGAGAGAGCUUGAAGAAAAAGGGAAAGCAGUGAAAGAAGAAAAGACUGCAUUUACUCCUCACAGCCAUGCAGUCGUUCACCUGGAUCAGUGGGCUAUUGCUGCUGCUGUAUUUCUCAUCAGGGAAUGCCAACUUUUCCAGGCAGAGCAGACAAGUCUCGUCUGCCCACCCUGGCGUGUGUCGUUAUGGCAGGAAACUAGAGUGCUGCUACGGCUGGAAGAAAAACAGCAAAGGUCAAUGCGAAGCUCAGUGUGAUCACGGCUGCCAGCAUGGAGAGUGUGUCGGCCCCAACAAAUGCAAAUGCCUUCCAGGAUACACCGGGAAAAGCUGUAGCCAAGAUCUGAAUGAGUGUGGCCUGAAGCCCAGGCCGUGUGAGCACCGCUGUAUGAACACCCAUGGAAGCUACAUGUGCUACUGCCUCAACGGAUACACACUGAUGCCAGACGGCUCCUGCGCCAAUUCAAGGACCUGUGGCUUGGCCAACUGUCAGUACGGCUGCGAGGAGGUGCAGGGGGAGACGCGCUGUCUCUGCCCCUCCACAGGCCUCCAACUGGGGCCAGACGAGAGGUCCUGUGUGGAUAUUGACGAGUGUGUGACGGGACAAAAUCUGUGUCCUUUCAACCGACGAUGUGUCAACACUUUUGGAAGUUACUUCUGCAAGUGCCAACAUGGCUUCGACUUGAAAUAUGUCGAUGGGAAAUAUGACUGCGUAGAUGUUGAUGAAUGUAUCAUUGGGACCCACAAGUGCAGUCAUCAUGCUGAGUGUAUCAACACGGAAGGAUCCUACAAAUGCAAAUGCAAGAAGGGCUUCCGAGGCAGUGGCAUUGAAUGCACAGUCAAACCCUUUUAUCAGAGUGCUGGAGACCAGAGCAGAGGACAUGUGUUCCCCAAUGCAAUUCCAGACUCCCCACUGAAGCCCCGUAAGCCCGAUGUUGAGCAGAGAAACGUGAUUCCUGAGCCACCGGCGACCGAGGCAGCACCCCGCCUCCAGCCGUUUGACUAUGAUGGAGAGGUCUACAUCGGCGGCCCUGGGGAAAACCAGGCCAUCUUCCCCGAAGCCGAAGAGGAGUACGUUGAGGAGGAAGAGGCCGAGAGAGGAGAUGGGGGCACGGAGGAGAACUACGUGGACAACGAGGAGCAUCCCAGAGGAGAUGUUUUCACUGCUGAGGACUUCAAGUCUGUGUAUGGUCCCCCCACAGAAGUGAAAGAAAUCCAAAUAGAUCCAACACAGGAUGAGUUCAUCACAGACUGCAACUUUGAUCAAGGUGCAUGCGAGUGGAUGCAAGACCAGGAGGACGACAUGGACUGGGGAGUUUCGUACCACGACAAUGGUCUGGAGUAUUACAUGGCUGUCAGUGGUGCGCUGGGAGUGAAGCACGACGUGGCGCGGCUCAAGCUGCUGCUUAACGACCGCGCAAGGCGGGGAACCUUCUGCCUGACCUUCAACUACCACCUGGUGGGGCAACAGGUGGGCUCGCUGAGGGUGCUGCUGGAUAACGGCACCGGCGGGCAGCUGUGGCAACGCAGGAGCACCCGCAACCAGGACUGGCAGACGGAGCUGCUCACCAUCUCAUGGGACGACCAGGCACCGGAGGCGAUUGUCUUUGAAGCAGAGAGGGGCAGAGGUGACCAGGGGGAAAUUGGCCUGGACAAUGUUGUACUGACCUCUGGGCCCUGCCAGGAAGACGACGCCACCCUCUUUUGAAGUACAGAGCUCAGUGCAAUUGCAUAAAAUCACAACGAGCUAGUUCUCAUCAUCAAACAAACUGCAACCACAAGGGGCCUAUACUAAGAAGCUGGUUCAGGAGUAAACCAGAUUAGUUUAAGAGGUAAAUCAUCUAAUAGAGGAGCAUGGAGGACAGGUUCUUCUAUUGGAUGAUUUACCUCUUCACUUAACCCAGUGUUUAUUCUUGAAUCAGCUUCUAGUAUAACCCCAAGUUCAUCCUGCCUUAAACAAAAAAGUGCUUGCUGACGACUGAAACGAAUACAUGAAAAUCUCAUGUAUAAAACGAGCAUGAUUUUCUUCAACAUGUUUGUGUUGGAAUGUUAUGUUAUGUUGUAAAACUGAGGAAAUUAUUCAGUAAAGAGAUACGUUAAUUUCUCUUUUAGAUGCACAUUACUAUAUCGAAAAACUCAGGUGCGUGACAUUAAAAAAUGUCAAGUUUUUACUUUUGACACAUGCUCUUACACACAUUUCUGAGUUACUACAGUUCUGCACGUAUAGCUCACAGCAGAACAUAGUAUGUGUGUAACAUGUAUAAGAUACUGGAUAGAACCACACAGAUUAUGGCGUUUUUGAAGGUUUAUGAACAGUCUCUAUUCAUGUUCAUGUUUGUGUGAUUAAGUAUCGUGAAUGCAUUAACUGCUGUACAUUUGCUUCCAUAAUGUAUGCCAUUAAAAUGUUUUCUUUUUUAAA